AUGGGUGACUAUCAUUAUCACCACUUUCUAUCCUCCAUGGCGGGUGUGGGUGGACAGCCUAACCAGAGUCCACUUGAAGGCCCCCCACAGAUGUCUCACCAACCUCAGGUGUUGGCCAUGGGAGGCCAUGGCCCUCCAAUGCCUAACCCAUACCAAAGCCUGGGAUACUUUACGGGAUUCCCUGAGCCGAUCAUGUUCAAUGCGCCAAAGUCGCAAAGAAGCAGGCGCAAGUCGGCACCAGGCCUCGAUCACAUCAAACAUCGACGCACAAGAUCAGGCUGCUUUACAUGUCGCAGCCGUCGAGUCAAGUGUGACGAAACACAUCCGAUCUGUGAAAGUGGAGAAUGCCUCUAUCCAGAACCGGCGCCGCCGAAAGGUUCUGGGGGUUCGACCUCAAAAGAGUCUUCUUCAACUGCGCCCAGUCAACAGGCGAGCCCGACCUCUUCACGGGGCGACGACGAUGACGACGACGACCGGGAUUCAAAGCUGGAGCCGAUCAUGGAUGAAGAUGAGGAAGAGCCGCAGAGCGCCACAUCGACGACUGCGCCAAUGUUUCCUUUGAGAAGAUCGAGCACCACAUCCUCCUUUGGUUUACAGCGUGUCCCUACAGGGUACCGGUACGACUCAGAGACCCCGUCUUUUGAUGGUAAUAAGAGCUCUUCGCCCUUGUCGACGGGCACGGCGACCGCACAAUCGCACCGUCCAGACUGGACGUUCUUACCACACGAGCUGCAGUUUUAUCUCGGCUACUUCUACGACAAUAUCACGCACUACCACUACGGGCUCAUCAGCGACGCCGGUGACUUCUUCCGAACCACUCUGGUAGGGUUGGCGCUUCGAAAUGAGGCUUUGCUGUAUGCUAUUGUGGCCUUUUCGGCAUACCACCAUGCGCUGCAUAAUCCCCAUGGCAGGAUCAACGAGUUCUUGCAGUAUUACAACCACAGCGUCAAGAAUCUUUUGGAGUGUCUAAAGAGGAAAGAAAAGUACAAUAUCGCGACGCUUUUGACGAUAUUGCAGCUCGCGACAAUCGAGGAAUAUUUGGGUGACUGGGUCAACCUUAUGGGCCAUCAAAAGGCCGCCCUGGAGAUCUUUACGCAGCUUUUUACUCCGCAGACAAUCAUGCAGUCACAGACAGGCCGGGCUGCACUGACUUGGUACGGUCGCUUUGAUCUCUUCGUUGCCAUCAUGGGUAGCUUUGAAACGACGUUGCCUCGUGAAUGGUACUUGGAGGCAGCAACAUACCACGAUUCGUGCGCGGCCGCCGAACCGGACAGUGUCUUCUGGAAGUUCGAAGCAUGCUCUGCGAAGAUGCAGCUUAUUUCGAUGGAAAUGGCCAUGUUGUAUGCCAGGAGGGUGAAGGAAGAGGUCACGGCAGAAGACUUCGCCGCAGAACAUCAAAGAUUGAGCAGAUGUCUCGACGACUGGAAAAAUGGAUGGGAUCCUGCUCUGGUGGACCCUUCCCAUCUUGUUACGGACUUUUCAGGGAGCCGCGCACCAGAUCCGAACGACAUUGUCAACCCGUUCACAUCGGGAGCACUGUUUCAACCACCACUGUUCCCUUCGACGGUCUUGACAGCCAGCUACCAUUCCAUGAGCCUCUUGCACGACAGCCAGAGUGGCAUCAGACCAACAGGAGAAGCCAAAGACAAAUUGAGGGAGCAUGCCUACAAAAUAUACCAGAUCUUCGAGGCAGUUGAAUUCUGGUCGCACAGCCCGCCGGGGGGGCUCAUUGCGUUGCAGUCAGCUUUAGCUGUGGCAGCUCUCUAUGUUCAGCGGGAUCCACGCCAUCAGAUGUGGAUCAGGAGGAAGUUUGUGUUACUGGAGGCGAUGGGAUACAUUUUCCCUGCCACGAUGCGUGUGCGAAUGGCCGAGCUUUUCGCAGACGACACCUGCACCAGAUGGUGGCUGCCGAACGAUGAGGGCUUUCCGCCCCUGCUACAAAAUAUCCGCGCAUAUGCCGACGAACGCAAUGCCAUGGCGGCGACUACCCAGAGAGACACGGUACAGCAGAUUCGCCAUGUGUUUUCGAGGAUGAACAUUAGAGAGGCCGCGAGAAAGGCGGCAGAAAACUAA